AUGAUAUUUCGACGUGUUGAUGUAAAUGCAAAUGAAGAACUUGAUGUCUAUGAAUUACAAAAUUACUUUCAUAACAUCGAACCGGAAGACGCUAUGCCAGAUCUCAACCAUAUAGUUCGUAGAAUGAAACGUACCAUGAAACUUGAGAUAAACGAAGAAGAACAACCUUUCACUAUUUCUUGGCAACAAUUUCGUAAAACCUACGCAGAACUUGACACUGUCACGGCAAGAAACGCUCCACAACAAAUUCAUCUAUCUUUACUCGCUGAUGGUACUUGGUCUACUAUGAUCGUCAUAUGGAUUGUAAAAGGUAGUGAGAGUAAGCAUGAACCAUCGUCUUUAGUUCGAUAUGGAACUAUUAGUGGUAACUACACCCAUAUGCAGGCGGCUACGAAUCGUACUUAUGAUGUCGGAAUUGGUGGAUGGAAAGGAACUAUUUUUGAGGCUUGGAUGACAGAGUUAAAACAAUGUCAGACAUAUUACUACCGAGUUGGAAACGCCAAUGCAUGGUCAGACGAGAACAGUUUUAAAACAGACUGCUCGAACGCUUCAACACACAUAUUUGCUGUUAUGGGCGACAUGGGUACUAUUAUUCCAGCCGGUUUUCUUGUAACUAAACAGAUCAAAGAGGAUCAUCAGAUUACACCGUUCUCAAGUGUCGUGCACGUGGGUGAUAUUAGCUAUGCUGGUACUGGUUCAACAGACGAGAUCUCUGAAAUUUGGGAUGCUUGGGGAAGACAAGUAGAGCCAAUCUCAUCGAUAGUACCAUAUAUGACAAAUGUAGGUAAUCACGAAGCUUACUACAAUUAUACAGUCUAUCGUAAUCGAUUUCGUAUGCCUGGUCCUGAAAGUGCCGGUUUAGACAAUUUCUGGUUCAGCUUCAAUAUCGGUCCGGUUCAUUGGGUCUCAUUGAGCUCACAGCAUGACUAUAGCAAAAGUAGUGUUCAGUAUGCAUGGCUUAUUAAUGAUCUGGCUAAGGCUAAUGAAAAUCGUGCACAACAACCGUUCGUUAUCGUUGUUACACAUAGACCUUUAUUGUGUUCAGAUGCAUCUGAACUCGAUCAACACUUACCGACUUCGCCUUUAUUUGAAACAGUUUAUCCUUUAUUUGUUAAAUAUCAAGUUCAACUGGUCAUUACAGGUCACAUGCAUGUAUAUGAACGAGUAUUCUAUGACAAUACAACAACCAUUGUCAAUAACACAUAUGCCAAUGUUAAUUCUCCUGUCAUUAUUGUACAAGGAACUGGUGGAACAUUCGAUAACGAUAAAUGGAUAGAACCACAGCCUUGGUGGAGUAUAUCCCGAAUGCUCGCAUAUGGAUAUGGACGUGUCACUGUUUCUGUGGACAAAAUGCAGAAACGUCUGCAAUAUGAGUAUUUACUUGAACAUGAUAGAAGUACUUAUGAUCAAUUUUCGAUUGUAAUUUAA